CAAGACCCCCUGGCAUACAUCAGGAGCGUACAGCGGGAGGCAGAAAAAUGGGGCAUCUGCAAAAUAAUUCCACCAGUCACCCCUGCUGUACCCGGAGGCUUGGUGUGCCGAGAGCUGAAUGGUGCAGUCCUGAAAUUCACCACUCGCGAACAGCCUGUCCGGGAGCGUUUGUGGCAUGACAUGGAUGAAGGCAAAUUCACUCAGGGUGAAACGCUGUACACCCUCCAGCAGUACUCCAAGUUGGCAGACGACUUCCAAAGAAAGCAGCUGGGGGCAUCAGGAACAUGUCCUGCGCGCACAGUUGAGAACGAGUACUGGAGGCAGCGCAAAGUGGCGUCUGACCUCACAGUGGAGUACGGGAAUGAUGUGGAGGGGACUGCCUUCUGCUCACCCAGUGAGGGGGACCCCUUGGGCAGCACAGACUGGAACCUGCAGUUGCUGCCGCGACUGCAGAACUCUACGCUGCGGCUGCUCAAGGGCGAGGUGCCGGGCAUCACAACGCCCAUGCUAUACAUCGGCAUGCUCUACGCCACCUUCGCCUGGCACGUGGAGGACCACAACCUCUACAGCAUCAACUACCAGCACUUGGGCGCCAGCAAGACCUGGUAUGGAGUGCCAGGCAUCGCAGCGGAUGGCUUUGAGAAGGUUGUGGAGGAGCAGGUGUACGCGCGGGCACUGCAGGCUGAGAAGCUUUCUGGACGGGAAGCAUGCGUGGCUGCCCACAGGGCCAUUUUGGGCAAGACCACCAUGUUCAGCCCCCAGCUGCUCCUAAGUGCAGGCGUGAGGGUGUGCCGGGCAGUGCAGCAGCCAGGCGAGUUCAUUGUGACUUUCCCGCGCGCCUACCAUGCCGGAUUCUCCAAUGGCUUCUGCGUCGGGGAGGCUGUCAACUUUGCCAUGCACGACUGGUACCAAUUUGGCGCUGACUGCUGCCUGCGCUAUCGGCGCCUGGCCCAGCCGCCCAUCCUGCCCCACGACGAGCUCAUCUGCGAGGAGGCCUUGCUGCUGAGAGAUCGGCUGGCCGACGAGCAAGGCGCAUGCUGCUCGGCCGACCCGGCAGCUGACGUGAGCCUGGCAGGCACCUUUGUGACCCUGCUGCGCCAGCAGAACAAGCAGCGCCGCGUCAUGGUGGUGCAGCGCGGACUCACGCAGCGGCCCAUGGCCACGGAUGUGGAUGACGGCCUUUCGUGCCAGGACUGCGUGAGCUGCGCGCAUCUCUGCUUCCUCGCGUCGGUCACUUGCCAGGUCAACAAAGAGCCACUGUGCAUGGAGUGCGCAAUGAGGGAGAAUGUGAUGGGCCCGAGCAACGAGCUCUUCUGCCAUCCUGAACUGGAGAAGUUUGAGGAUUGUGCCCGCUGGUUUGAGCAGCAGCCGCUCCUGAAAGACUCAGACUGGGAGGGCAGCCUGCAGAACAGGGGCCUGACGGAGGGCGAGCUGCACAGCGGCGGCUGGGGACACCACAACAGCCGGACAGUGCCGGCGCCCAAUCAGGCAUUCCUUUGGGAAAAGCUUCCCUCUGCGGUGCCCGCUCCCGGCACGGCGGCGCCUUCGGAAGAGAAGGAGGUGUUGGCUUGCGUGGCCACAACGGAGGCGGUCCUCGUCCCCGACAACGCCAGUCUCCCUCGGGUCAAGGUGGUCUUCUCACCAAUCGGCCCCUACGAGGGUCUGGGCUUCUUGCAGCCGGUCUUGCCCCAGCAGCCGGCCUGGGGGGCGGCGCCGUCCGAUGCAGGCGGCAGCGCAGCCUCCGACAGCAACAUCAGCGUCGAUGUGGUCGGGGUGUCCACCGUGCGCGAUCCGGCGGGCGAGAGCAGCAGUGCGGAUGUCAGCUCCGGCAAUAAGGAGCACACCCCAACUUCCACGCUGGAUUCUGCUACUGCACUGUGCACAUGGCCGCCUGUCAAGGGCGCCACCCUGGGAGACAGCACGCAGCCAGAUGCAGCUCCUGUGCAGCAGGACAAGCAGCCGUGCGCGACCGGCGCGCACGACGGCACCGGCGACCGAGCGGACGACGCCGCACCCGCGCCAAAGGAUCCCGCGAUGGAGGAUCCCGCGCUGGAGGACCCCGUGCCUGCUGCAUCACCAGCCAAGAAGGCCAAGGCUGCUGCUGCGGCCUCCAAAACCCCCAAGGCUGCUGCCGCGGCCUCCAGAACCCCCAAGGCUGCUGCCGCGGCCUCCAGAACCCCCAAGGCUGAGACCAAGGAAGCUCCAGCAACGGGACCCAGGUUCUUCAGCGGGGAGGGCGGACCUGUCGUACUGGUGGAAGACACCAUGGUCACGAUGGGCGGAAAGAAGAUGAGACGCCGUGUGUACAGCUUGGAGAAGGACCUCACGCAGCGCUUCCUGCCCACCAGGGAGCUUUCCAAGGCGGCCGAUUUUCUGGCCUGUCCAGCUGAGGGCGCACGUGACACGGUCUUCAAACAAUGGAGGAAGGCAACGGACAAAGCAGCGGAAGCAGCGGCCGCCGGCUUCACCGUGCCGGAGCUGCCGGAGAAGCCGCGCCGCUACACCUGCAAAAGGGAUCCCUACAUCAUCACCACAUUCCUGGUGGGCCUGGACGAGGUCGCGCGCAUCUUUUACUGGGUGGCCAACCCCAGGCAGCGGUGUGACUUGGAGAAGUUCUGCAAGGGCGUGUGGCCGGAACGGCUGCAAAACCGCUGCGCAGGAAUGCCAGAGCUCGCUGACAGCCCCACCCAGGAAGUGACUGCGCAGAAGAAGAAAGCUGCUGGCAAGGUGCGGAAGGAAGCUAAGCUGCGCGGAGCUGUGACGAAGCCCGUCAGGGAAACGAGGGCUGCCAAGAUACGGGGUGUUUGGAGUGUGGAAGGCUGUGGCGCCAUGGCGCUCUCCCCAGCAGACCUUGCAAAGCUUGGUCAGCACGCCAAGACUGGGAAGCCGGGCAAGCGUGCAAGCAGGUUUCUCGCAAAGCAGAGCUGCACUCUCUCCUGACCAUGGCGACACAUGUCUCCCGUGUGCUGAGGCACCUGGCAUGGCGUCAAGAUGUGCCAGAACCCUGGUCUAGCAAGCUCGUCAUCAGCAAACAAGUUUGACGUGUCCUAUUCAUAAUCUCAAAGUUUUGUGUGCCCUUGUACCAUCAGUCAUUGAGGAGGACAAAGGAACGAGCGAGGACUGCUUAAUUUCAAGGAAUCCCUGGUGUGGCACACUGUUGAUAUGUGUGUACUUGGUGACUAAAUUUCUACCUCUCCCAGAGAUGUGCUCUAUUAUGGCGUUGACUUGCUGAAGGAAACCACCUACCUGGCCACGGAUGACCAGUGUCAACCUGCUUACUCAGGACUGAAGGAGCACUAGUUGAUAAGCUUAUUUGUUGUGUAUUGUGAAUGUGUGCUAGCCUUGAAUACUGUGCUCUUAUCAAACAGACACUGCUGGUGAGCAAAUACGGGCUUGCAAGGGAGUAUCGACCGGGCAAGAGGUCUGCACUCUCUGUGCUCCUAGACUAUACUUUAAUGUGUCCAGACAUAGUGACCUCAGCUAUACAUGUGAUUUAGAAGAUGACAGGUCUCUUGUGCCUGGCAAAUGAGUGUAGACAGUUGGCCCUGUCUUAUUAUGGGAAAUCCAGAUAUGGUUCUUUGUUUUUGCAAUUCUAAAAAGUUAAGAUGGAGUGUCUUAUGACUGACUGCCAUCAUUGUAAAAAUCCUGAAACGC